GUCGCGCGCAUGGUCGAGUGUCAGAGCGUGCCGGUCGGAUCUCAGGAGCAGGUGCGAUACCGGGCUCGGCUAGUUCGCCGGCAGACCUCUUUAAUGAACGGUACAAUGGCUGCGUCGUCGAGCAGGAUUAUGUUAGGACCUCUUGUAGCCGCUAUAGACCAAGGCACAAGCUCCACUCGUUUCUUGGUAUUCAAUGCUAAAACAGCAGAACUUCUUAGCCACCACCAAGUUGAGAUUCAGCAAAGCUUCCCUAAAGAAGGCUGGGUGGAAGAAGACCCCAAAGAAAUUCUCCAGUCAGUGUAUGAGUGCAUGGAUAGAACAUGUGAGAAGCUGACCCAACUCAACAUUGACAUCUCCAACAUCAAAGCCAUUGGUGUGACCAAUCAGCGAGAAACCACCAUUGUCUGGGACAAGGAAACAGGAGAGCCAUUUUACAAUGCAAUUGUAUGGCUUGAUCUACGUACUCAGUCCACUGUGGAGAGACUCAUCAACAGAACGCCAGGCAGGAACAAAAACCACCUGAAGCACAAGACGGGCCUUCCCAUCAGCACCUACUUCAGCGCGGUGAAGUUACGCUGGCUGAUGGACAACGUGGAGGAGGUGCGCAGAGCCAUCCUCUCUCACAGGGCCUUGUUUGGCACAGUCGACUCCUGGCUCAUAUGGUGCCUGACCGGAGGGGAAAAAAGUGGUGUUCACUGUACCGAUGUGACCAACGCUAGCAGGACCAUGCUCUUCAAUAUCCACUCUUUGGAUUGGGAUCCAGACCUCUGCAAAUAUUUUGAUAUACCAAUGGAGAUUCUGCCAAAAGUCAGGAGUUCCUCCGAAAUCUAUGGUUUAAUGAAAAUCAGUUCUAGCCUGAAAUCUGGUGCUCUUACAGGCAUUCCAAUAUCAGGGUGUUUAGGGGACCAGUCUGCCGCUCUUGUGGGUCAGAUGUGCUUUCAGGACGGUCAAGCCAAAAACACGUAUGGAACUGGCUGUUUCCUGCUCAGAAACACAGGACCAAAGCCAGUGAUGUCAGACCAUGGGCUCUUAACAACAGUGGCGUAUAAGUUGGGGCGGGACAAGCCAGCCUGCUAUGCCCUGGAGGGUUCGGUUGCCAUAGCAGGGGCUGUUGUGCGUUGGCUGAAAGACAACCUUGGGAUUAUCCAGACUUCUACAGAGCUUGAGAAACUGGCUGCUGGUGUAGGCACGUCUUACGGUUGCUACUUUGUGCCUGCGUUUUCUGGCCUGUAUGCCCCUUACUGGGAGCCAAGCGCCAGAGGAAUCAUCUGUGGUUUGACUCAGUUCACGAAUAAGAGUCAUUUGGCAUUUGCAGCCCUGGAAGCCGUCUGCUUUCAGACACGAGAGAUCCUGGAUGCAAUGAAUCAGGACAGCGGGAUUCCUCUGAGCCAGCUGCAGGUUGAUGGAGGAAUGACGUCCAACAAACUCCUGAUGCAGCUCCAGGCUGAUAUUCUCUGCAUUCCAGUAGUGAAGCCCUCCAUGCCAGAGACUACAGCUCUGGGAGCAGCUAUGGCUGCAGGAGCAGCGGAGGGAGUCAGUGUGUGGAGUCUGAGUCCCGAGGACCUCUCAGAGGUCACCUCUGAGAAAUUUGAACCCCAGAUUAACCCAGAGGAGAGUGAAUUCCGGUACGCUCGCUGGAAGAAGGCAGUGCAGAGAGCCAUGAACUGGGAGACCACAGAACCAGUUGUCAACGGAAAAGCGGACGCUAGUAUCUUCAGUAGCGUGCCCCUCGGCUUUUACGUUCUGGGUAGCAUGUUUAUGUUAAUUGGAGCAAAAUAUAUUGCAGGCCACAAAUAAACUCGAAUCCUCUUCCAAGUUGGAAAAUGGUGGAAGACAACAGGGUCUCAACUCAAAGGUCCAGUGUCCUAUCGCUAUGGUAACACAUCCACGGACAUUCCAUCCAUAACUGUGAGGCCAUCUGUUUGCAGCAGUUGGAAAACUUUUCCCAAACCUUUACAAACCUCUUUAUAUGAGCUAUAAACAAAACAGGAAUUCAUCCCCCACUCCCUAUAUGUGUAUGUAACUUACCGUAGUAGCAAACUGUGAUGAUUGAUUCUUGCAGAGGUGGGUUUGUUGUUUGGGGGGGGGUGUUCUUUGUUUGUUUUACCUGUCUCUCUCUGCUCUGUACCAUCAGAGAUCCUUUUCUGUUAGUUGGUGAUGUAUACAAUAAGAAGUCAUGUUGACUGUGCGUUGGGCCUUUGUCUACAUUUUGAACUCUAGAGAAACACUGAAAGCGAGCAGCUGCUUGUGCCGUUUAGUCUCUGCUUACCUGCGUUCAGAGUUGCGGAGAACACUCAACACCUUCCUCUCCGCCGUACUAUGUUUGUGAAUUUGAAGCAACUAACCAUAGCAUUAGAGAUCACUAUUUUUCAUAAAUCUGUGAAAGAGAUCAACGUUUUGGAGCACUUUACUAAAACUUAUUUGCCAUACUUAUGUACUGCACUGUAUAAAGGAAGUUUAAUCCUUUUGUAAACUUUUCUUUUAUUUAAGAAUUUUAUGCUGUUUAACCUACUGAGAAGGUAUAGUGAAUUAUACACAAUAGCAUCAGAUAUCCUUGAUCCAAAACACUGUGGAUACAAUUUGCGCCAGUCUAGGACCAGUCAUGCCAACAUUAUUAGGACUACAAAAAUGAGUGAAACUGGCUAUAGGUCAAGGGACAGCUUCUGCAAACACAUCAAGAACUGUCCAUAUGAUGAAUAUGCACAAAAUGUGUACAUCUAUCAAUUUGGCUGAUACACAAACAAUAUUAAAGUACUGGUAUGGUAUUUUGAGUCAAUGUUCUGUUCUCCCUGCCAGAAGAUUACAGGUAAUGACACCAUUAAAAUGUUCAGUUCUUUUUGUUUUUUUAAAAGUUAGUAGUACAGUAAGUACAAUUUCCUCCUAACAGAGAGCCAUUUGUGCCUCUUACACUUUUAUUGGUUUAAUUUGUUUAGAUUUUGUUUUCUUAAUUUUUGUUUAAUUUUAUAUUUUAGUGGUACCUGUGGCAGUAGGAGUAAUGAAUGGCAUUACUUUUCAUAGUCAUUAGAGCUGUCGCCUCAUCAUAAUUGAAUUAUUACCAGUCCUUAGUCCCUAGACACUACUAGUUGUGCUUUCUUUAAGUGGUGCUUCAGCUAGUGGCAUCACUACCACUGGUGUAACAACCGCCGUCUUAUUGUUUUUUGUUUUUAAGAUGAUUCGUUACUGUUGAGGGAGUUCAAACAGACGGUAUUGUUAUGCUGUUAAGUUGCUGUCUUGAGGAAGCCUCCAAAACUGCUGGAAGUUUAAUGGUAUAAUUUUGUUAAGUGACAUUUUCCACCUUUCUAUUUGUAUCUCAGAUAGAAACUGGAACAAGUUAAACUUUGGAGUUAAGAUGUUCUGCUCCAUUUUGGUGUGUCGUGUGUAUGUUACACAUGAUCACUUUCCCCUUUUUCCCCCUCCUCAUUUUUUUGAUUAAGCACAGUGCCAAUUAACAUGUCAGUAACAGUGAUGUAAAAUGUUCACAUUGCACUUCCUUUUACACAGAGCCAAACAGUUUGUAGAGUUACUGAAGGUCUUCUUUUUUUGUGUAAUUUACUAUAGAUUUGUAAAGGGACAUUUUUGAGAGAGUAUCUUCAAUCUAAAUUACUGAUAUUUUUAAUUAUUUAUUUUUUCCAACAUACUUGAACUGACCCUUACACUGUUAUAAAGCAUAGCAGUGGCCAGUAUUACUGAUCCCCUCAUACUCUUUUGUUGUCUUGCUGUGAAUGUUAUCUAGAUUUUGCAUAAAUCACUCUAAUGUUGUAAUUGAUGGAAGUUAAAAUGGUGUGCUCUCUUCAUUAAAGGUUCUGGUAUUUACA